CCACUCCCCACUGCUCCUACGUACGAUCUCAGAGCAAGUGUGCCGGAGAGGAGACAUGGCGGACUGGGCGCCGGUGUUCAUCGCGCUGGUGCUCUUCGUCCUCCUCUCGCCGGGGCUGCUCUUCCAGGUCCCCGGCAAGAACAGGUUCCUGGAGUUCGGCAGCAAGCAAACCAGCGGCGUCUCCGUGCUCUUCCACGCCGUCAUCUACUUCGCCCUCAUCGCCAUCUUCACCCUCGCCGUCCGCGUCCACGUCAUCCUCGGUUGACAAGCAUGCCAGACGCCGGAAACCGGGACGGCGGCUGCUGCCUCCUUAUCGCUCAAUGGUUGGGCACCGUGUGUGUGGAGGAAUGGAAUACCCACUUUCUGGCGUUCAUUUUGUAGCUUCCUGAUUUAGCUUGGUAUAUGAUCUCCAUUGGGCAAUUUAGUCCCUCAUUGCUAUUUUCUGAAGAAUGUAUAGUUUGAAUUUUCAUGUACACUACUACCACUGAUGAUCCGAUGUGUGCGAUCUACAAUGUGUCUUAACACGAUGUUUACUAGCCACUAGAGGAACAUGAGUAUUGUAUGACAUGGAGCAGAGGUGGUGUGGUAUUUUAUGACAUGCCAUGUA